AUCUCGCGAAUUCCCGACGUCGCCGCGAGACGUCUUCGUUUGACAGAUUGUCGAUGUGUGUAUAUGCGUACGUUCCACGUGAAUUCUUUGUUUGGGCGCCGGUCAUGCUUUUGACAAGUGUCGGGAUUGCGUGGUGCUAGCGCAUAUCUGUUGCAUGGGAGGCCCUCCUGUGAUGGCAGGGAAGGAUGGGAAGUUAGAAUCAAAAAGUGGAGAUGUUAUUCGUCAAGGAUUUAUGAUAAAACGUUCCCAAAACAAGAAACGUUUCACUCCAGUCAAUUACAAGCAACGAUGGUUUGUGCUGACAAAACACUAUCUCAUUUACUACGAUGGAGAUGGUGAGCGCCGUAAGGAACGCGGACGUAUCGCCGUGGAGAGCGUCCACGUGGUGGAAACGGCUAGCCUUGGAAGUGGUAGCACCGGAAGUGGCGGCGGCAAUGUUGGCGAUGCGUCGGGUGGCGGCGACGCGAGCAGCGGAGGCGGUGGAAUACCAUCCGGACUACCCUUCCAGGUGGGAUAUCGAGAAGCUGGCCAAGAAUAUACGCUCUAUCUACUCGCCGCUCGUGAACAGGAUCGCGCCGAAUGGAUACGUGCCAUACGCGCUGUGUGCAGUGAGAAUUCUGGCUUGAGCGGGCGUUACCACGCCGGUCUCUGGAGCGGGAAACGUUGGUCCUGCUGCCGAUUAUCGACACGUUCCGCCGAAGGCUGCGACACUUGCAGUUCCUGGUCCGCGAAAUCUGCAUCGAACGUCACGAAUCCGUCCUCAACGACUACGUCGGUCGCGACAACUGUGCCUGGCAGUACCAUUAACAACACCAUUUCGACGACCACCGUCACAUCUGAUCAUCGUGCACAGUUAACGAACGCCGAGGCGAAUAAUAACCCGAUCAUCCAAACCCAGGCCCGCUCAACGAUCGGAACUCCUUCGACUCCGAUAAUGCCAGGCGGUACACCCGGUACACCAUCCUCUAAAACAAAGGAAAAGAUAAUGUUGCGAGCGAAAGUUGUAGUAGCUCUGUAUCCUUUCCGAGCUAUCGAAGGCGGUGAUUUGUCUCUUGAAAAGGGUGCGGAAUACGAAGUCUUGGACGAUUCUCAGGAGCAUUGGUGGAAAGUUAAGGACGAGAAUGGAUCGAUUGGCUAUAUUCCUAGCAAUUACGUCAAAGAGAAAGAACUACUGGGAUUGCAGAAAUACGAAUGGUAUGUAGGUGAUAUGUCAAGACAACGUGCCGAAUCGCUCUUGAAGCAGGAAGAUAAGGAGGGUUGUUUCGUUGUUCGUAAUUCCUCGACCAAAGGGCUGUACACCCUCUCCCUUUACACGAAAGUGCCACAUCCUCACGUGAAACAUUAUCACAUCAAACAAAAUACUCGUGGUGAAUUUUAUCUAUCGGAAAAACAUUGCUGCGGCUCCAUUCCCGACCUAGUGAAUUAUCAUAGACACAAUAGCGGCGGUCUGGCCAGUCGACUCAAGACUAGUCCUUGUGAUCGCCCUGUACCACCAACCGCCGGCCUUAGUCACGACAAAUGGGAGAUCGACCCGGCGGAAUUGCAUUUGUUGGAGGAACUCGGAUCCGGCCAAUUUGGAGUCGUGCGGAGAGGUAAGUGGCGCGGCUCCAUCGACGUUGCCGUGAAGAUGAUGAAAGAGGGAACCAUGUCCGAGGACGAUUUUAUAGAAGAAGCUAAAGUAAUGACAAAACUGCAACAUCAAAACCUAGUCCAGCUGUAUGGCGUUUGCAGUAAAGAUAGACCGAUAUAUAUUGUCACGGAAUACAUGCGACAUGGAUCUCUUCUCAACUACCUCCGCCGUCACGAAACCUCCUUAGGUGCAAAUGUUGGCCUCUUAUUAGACAUGUGUAUACAGGUUUGCAAAGGAAUGGCAUAUUUAGAGAGGCAUAACUACAUACACAGAGAUCUUGCUGCACGUAAUUGUCUAGUGGGAUCAGAAAACGUAGUAAAAGUUGCAGAUUUUGGUUUAGCUAGGUACGUACUCGAUGAUCAGUAUACCAGUAGUGGUGGCACCAAAUUUCCCAUUAAGUGGGCACCACCAGAAGUAUUGAAUUAUACGCGCUUUAGUUCGAAAUCAGAUGUGUGGGCAUACGGAGUACUUAUGUGGGAAGUAUUCACAUGCGGAAAGAUGCCUUACGGUCGUCUAAAGAAUACGGAAGUUGUCGAGCGAGUACAGCGUGGAAUUAUUUUGGAACGACCUAAGGCAUGUUUUAAAGAAGUAUACGAGGUGAUGCGCAAAUGUUGGGCACACUGCCCGGAAGUGCGACCAUCCUUCCGCGUUUUGAAGGAGCAGCUGAUCAGUGUUUCCCAAGGGCUGGUCAACGAUUGACUCAACCUUUUGCGGUGUAUGCGCCUAUCUUCGCCCUCCUGCCGCACAAUCCGACCGACGACGAAGUCGUCACCGUCGUCGGAACGAUCGUCCUCCGCCGGUCUACCGUCGUCGAAUUUGUCGUAUAAUUCAGCAACGUUGCCGUCGUCACGUAAGAUCCGCGCGCCGGCCUCUCCUCCGUCGCCUUCCAUGAUCGAUUUCACUCGUCGUUUCUCGUCGAUUACGUGCAAAUCAAAAGGAGAGGGCUCUUCGUCGCCGAAUACACCCGGGCAUCAAGCUAGUCAACAAAAACCAUCCUCGAGCUCGACUAACAACGUGUGCGACGUUUGCAGUUCCUACGGGCACCCGUGGAUCGAAAUAUGCAAGGCGAUACGAGCCACUAAAGGUAAAUGAAUGAACGUGUAUGUACGCGCGUAUGUAUAAUUGAGUUUACACUAUUCUAUAUCGCGCUAUUAGAGAACGACCGUAAUACGGAGAUGUGAUUCUAAAUCUUAUUCCCCUUUUCCUUCUCCUUUCCGCCCGUAAACAUAACGCUCAUCUCCUUCGUCUAUCUUCCCUUCUUAUUCCCUUCUUAUUCCCUUUCCAUGCAUCGUCGAACACUUCAAACAAAUGUUCCAGAUGCUACGACUUUAUCCGACAUUAGGAUGCGUGAUAUUGUUGUGUGUGUUUCACAUACUAUUUUUCCCAUAUAAUUUUUAGAUUUUACUCUGUAUCAUCUCAUAAAUACAUUUAUAAAUAGAACAAUAGUAUUUAUUGAUGGCCUUUUGCAACAAAUGCAAUAUAUACAACUUGUGAUUCCGCCUAAAAAUGUCAUUUUUUUAUUAUCAUUUUGACAAACAGUGACAGAACUUUGAGAAUCAGAGAUUGACUGUUUUUUGCUUAAUAAAUCGAUUUAAUAAAUUAA